ACAGGUUACGUACCUCAAAUGCACUUAUAGCGCGCGACUUCGACUCGCCUGCUCCCUCGGUGCUGCGAUUUCUGUACGUCUCCCACCAUGGUGGAACACAGCGGCCUGGAUAUUAUGUGUCUGAACAAGUACUGCCACAGUUCCUCCUCGUCCUCCAGCUCCGAGCAGGACAAGAAGAUGUUCGCCAAGUUAAAACUCAGCUUGUCAGGGGAGUAUCCGAGGAAGAACGCGGAGAUGCUGAGCGGCCAGUACGGGACCAACCUGCUGCUGAUCGGGGCCGCGUUGAUGCUGGCCGUUGCGCACCACGACCCCUUCGUCAAGGAAGAGCACUUUCUGUCCUUUGUCACCUGCCUCAUGAUCCUCCAGCUGAUCUGGAUGAUGUGGUACAUCCUGCUGCGGGAGAGACAGAAGAACACGCGGACAGAGAAAGAUGUGCACGCCACCUCAUGCUGGAUACGGGGUGGUUUGACUCUCCUUGCACUCCUUUCACUGAUUAUGGACGCGUUCCGAAUUGGGUAUUAUGUCGGCUAUCAGUCUUGUGUGUCGGCUGUGCUCGGAGUAUAUCCUGUCAUCCAUGCAACUCACACCAUAGGGCAGGUGCAUUUUCUGUGGUUUCACAUCAAGGAUGUCAUCAAGAGCUUUGAAACAUUUGAGAGAUUUGGUGUAAUCCAUGCAGUCUUUACAAACCUCCUCCUGUGGUGCAACGGCGUGAUGUCAGAGUCCGAGCACUUCCUGAACAACCACAUGAGAAGACUCUCUGCCCUGGGCUACGGAAACCUCACCAUAGUUCACUCCGAGCCUCAGUGUAACUGCACCACCAGCACUUGCUCCAUGUUCACCAGCAGCCUGUACUAUCUCUAUCCCUUCAACAUCGAGUACCACAUCUUUGUCUCGGCCAUGCUCUUUGUGAUGUGGAAAAACAUCGGACGCACCAUUGACCUCUCUUCAAACCGGAAAAGGCUGUCCACCAAAACACCGGGCCUGUCCGUGGGCCCUCUGCUGGGCCUGCUUGCCCUGGCCAGCACCAUAGGGAUCCUGGUGGUCUACAUCACCCAUGUGGAGUCCCGUCAGACACGUCAGUCGGCCAUCUCCAUGUUCUACAUUUACGGCAUAGUCAUUCUGCUGUUCAUGUGCAUUGCGGGUGCUUUGGGUCUACUCAUAUACAGAGCACACCACAUUCCGCCGGACACCUCCAAGAACCCGUCAAGACAGCUGGACACAGAACUGCUGUUUGGAUCCUCCAUCGGCUCCUGGCUUAUGUCCUGGUGCAGCAUCGUGGCUGUGCUGAGUACCAACAGCAGCCCCCCUUACCUCUGGACAAACUUCCUCUACUCUCUGCUUAUUGUGUUGGAGAAGUACAUACAGAACCUCUUCAUCAUAGAGUCUCUCUACCGCCAGCAGGGGGAUGGGGAAAGGGAGGACCCAGAACUACCAUCCGCUCCGGAAAUCUUCUCCGUCACCUCCUCUUUGGCCCCGCCGUACAACGGCAUCAUCAACCGCGCCUACGAGACUCCGGAAAAGGCCUGCGUCACCAUGGAGAACGAGCAGGAGGACAGCGGCCAGGUGUACCGAUGUCCGAGGAAACCAUCGGAGGUGCCGCUGCCCGUGGGAAGCAAAGCGGUGGAGCCACCGAACAUAAAGAGGCUGAUCCUUAAGAACCUCUCCGUCUUCCUCAUCAUGUGCAACAUCUCGCUGUGGAUCCUCCCCGCCUUUGGCUGCCGGCCACAGUACGACAAUGGGUUGGAACAGGAGACUUUCGGCUUCAGCACAUGGACAACAGUUCUCAAUUUUGCCAUCCCUUUGAACCUUUUCUACCGCAUGCACUCAGUUGCCUCCCUCUUCGAGGUGUUCCGCCGGGUCUGACCUAUUUGGCCGAUGACUGACAAUCCUGGAUGACAUGCACAAGAAUACCCGUCGCCGCCAGCUCCCCGAAGGGUGUCUCACAGCGCAGGUCAACCGUUCAGGAGGCAGUCAGGGGUCACACUCCAACAGACUCGAAAAUGAGCCGUGGAGACAAACAAAACGCCGACCUCUCAGUGCGGAGGAAAAUGAAGCCCUUCGCCUGCGUCCCUUAAAGAAUUACCUUUGAAGAUGGUGAUGGACAGAACCUUUGGUUUCAAAAGACCUGUCUACUUUCAGUUUAUAGUCACAUUUCAGUAGAAUUUUUAUUCUAUCUGGCGGAUCAUGCAAAAAUGUACUGUAUAUACUACACAAAUUUUAUACUGUUUCAUAUUAGUAGCUAACUGCAUAGAAUAGACAAUACUCACUUGAUUUUCAUAUCUCAAAAGUGCAAGUCAAGCCAACGAAACACCCGUCUCAUAUAUCUAAUGAGAAAAUGGUACUGUAUUUCACAGAGCCACGAGACAUUUAUGUACCACUUGACACACAUUUGUAUCUGCAUUUGAAAUGUGCAUUGCUUUAUAUGGAUAUGGUUCUCAUUUUCUUUACUUAGAAAAGUAAGAAUCUCACGGUGUGUACGGACCAAAUGUGAUGAAUGUUUUUUCUGCGGCGCAAAGUCAAUGCAAAGACACGAGUAGAUGCAAAUACACGUCCGUAUCAAAUAUGGAGACCAACAGAUUUACGCGGUUAUUACUUCACGUUGCACAACCUCGGCAGUUAAACCAAAAAAUGAGAGGGCUACUCUAAAAAAUCGGUCCAGCGACCAAGAGUUUUGUCUGAACACACCAUUACAAACAGGCCUAUAUUUUGAGUAAUAUUUAUGAGUUGGACACUAGUUCUCAGAUCUUGCACCUGUAUCUCUCAGUCAUUCUAGGUACAUCACUGUCUUCCUGCUUCCUGAUUCUCUGCGCUGUCACAUUUAAUGGAAGCUAAUGAUACAAUUAUGUUACUGGGUAGCAUUGUUUUCGAAUUUAAAUCCACAUUAUAUUGAAUUUGCAUCCUCAUUAUAUUGAAAAGUUCAUGGCUGUUAUCAUGAAAAGGUUCCGGGUUUAACAUUGUUCAAAUCAGGUGCAUCUAUAUCGUUAAAAAAAUAUGAAUCUCGUACGUCAGCAGUUCCAGGAUCAUUACACCGACAUGCUGGCACGAUGUCAAAUGCAAUACCAGACCAGAGAUCAUAUGUUUACGCCAGAAGAAUCGGCAAUAAAAACCAUCGCAGUCUGUGACAUCCCUUCUUGAGAUAAAGCACACACGUACUGUAUGGUUGUACUGUACAUUGUAUAAUCUCAGUCAGAUUUCCACUAAGUUCUCAAUCUGGUGCCAUCUGCUGUAUGUGUCCUCCUCGCCAUGUGCCAAGUUGUGGUCAAAUCCUUGUUUGUUUUUUUAGGUGCCAACUGCAAUAUUCUCUGUAAAUACUGCUGAUCAGAAUCAUUCAGAAAAACUGUGAUACGAUUUUGUGAAAUUCCAAUGAAAUGGUGCUCAUGUGAAAUGAUAUGUACAAUAGUGAUGGAUGUAUAUCUUUUGCCUAUUGAAAUAAACACCAAUAGUUUCCCCUUU